UCUUCAUUAACGUUCAAAUUCCCGCCUGUCUCACCAGUCACCUCUCAUUUUGUUUUGUGUUUUUUCCCCCUUCUCUCGCCAUCUUUUCUCUUUUGACCAAAAUCAUUCUACUCCCCACUCUCGCAGCAAGCACUGCAGGCGUAUCCACUGGCUGUACUCAACGGGCGAAAACAGACGCCAUUGCCGUAACUUCGCUCCGAUCUCUGCAUCUUGCUGCAACACAGCGGCCGAGGCAUCGUCGGUUUCUGGCGAAUCAAACCCUAGCGGUUUUCACUUCACCGCCCAGCCAAGCAUGAACCGUUUCCACAUCUACGAAGCUAUUGGCCGCGGCAAGUGCUCGACUGUGUAUAAAGGGAGGAAGAAGAAGACGAUUGAGUACUAUGCAAUUAAGAGUGUAGAUAAAUCGCAGAAGAGGAAGGUUCUUCACGAAGUUAAGAUUCUUCACUCUUUGGAUCACUCAAACGUGCUGAAGUUUUACUCCUGGUACGAGACUUCUGCUCAUUUGUGGUUAGUUUUGGAGUAUUGUGUUGGAGGAGAUCUCAGGACAUUGUUACAGCAGGAUAGUCAGCUACCAGAAGACUCAGUUCAGGAUUUCGCACUUGACUUGGUGACAGCCUUGCAGUAUUUACACUCAAAGGGGAUCAUCUAUUGUGAUUUAAAACCAUCUAACAUCCUCUUGGAUGAAAAUGGACUCUUAAAGCUUUGUGACUUUGGAUUGGCAAAGAAGCUAAGUGAUAUAUCUAAAACACACUCUUCGUCAACAGAAGCCAAAUGUGGAACGCCCUGUUACAUGGCUCCUGAGCUGUUCGAGGAUGCAGGUGUCCAUUCCUAUGCUUCUGAUUUUUGGGCCCUUGGUUGUGUGCUAUAUGAGUGCUAUGCAGGGAAACCUCCUUUUGUGGGAAAAGAGUUCACCCAGCUAGUGAAGUCCAUUGUCUCAGAUCCAACUCCACCACUUCCUGGCAAUCCAAGUAGACACUUUGCGAACUUGGUCAACUCUCUCUUGGUCAAGGAUCCUGCUGAAAGGAUUCAGUGGAGUGACCUCUGUGGGCAUGCUUUUUGGAAAAGCAAACUUCCUCUGAUGUCAUUACCACCACAACCUGCUUUUGAUUGCAUGAUUGAAUUUUAUGCUAGGCCAUGCCUGUUAGAACACAACGGAGACAGAUCUCUUCAAAACAAAACCCCCACGGAAGGUCGUGAAAGAGAUGCAAGAGUGACUCCAAGAAAAGAUGAGAAUUCACAGUCGGGAUUAAGAGUUUUUGAGACCCCAGUCAAGGGAACACCUGGCAGCAAAAGACCACAAACAAAGGCCUCCGGCAGAGCAGUUGAGGAGAAGCAGAAAGAUAAUUCUUCUGCUAAUAGUCGCAUUAAUCUGUUAAGGUUAUCAAGAGUAGCAAAGACAAAUUUGCAGAGGGAGAAUGAGAAGGAAAACUUCAGGAGGCCCUUGGCUAAUGCCUCUGAGAACGAUUCAGAGAUUAAAAUGGAGAACACAGAUAUGGAGCUUGAUUUCAAUGAGAACACAGAAGAUGACACACAAGAUGAACCCGAAGGGAGUGACAAUUCAAUUUGUACGCCUGGAAGGGUUGAUAACCAUGUUCAGCCAAUGGACAUUUCUCCUGUAACCAGCACCCCUGCAUUAGAUGAUCAAGGAACAAAUGACUUAGAAUCACCAUCAGAGACUGCUGACAUGGGAGGUGAUACUCCAGUCAGUGCCAGUCCUCAGCCUAAACAUCAGAGAGUUAAAGAAGGUUUGGGGUCAGCACAUGAAUUUGACUCCUCAAAGUCUUCUAAUAACAUCUCCGAAGUACUUUGGCAUCCAUCUGAUCUUUCAGUGAGACCUGUGAUGCCCAGCAGAAAAGGGGAUAAGACACAUGAGGCACCUCCUUCUCUUCCUUUUGAGGCAUUGCAGCCAACUGAAUUGUUGAAGAUGACCAAAGAGCAGCUUCAUUCAGUCAAUGCAAAAAUUGUAUCAAUAUUUAAUGGCAACACCAGUGUUGGGGAGAAACAGAAUGCAAUUAGAUACCUUGAGAUGUUGAGCAACAAUGCUGAGAUAGCUAACACCUUCACUAAUGGACCAGUGAUGCUCAUACUCGUUAAAAUGCUUCGGUUGUCCAAGGCUUCAACAUUACGAGUGCAACUUGCAUCACUAAUCGGCUUGUUAAUUCGUCAUGCUACGUUUAUCGAUGAUGAUCUGGCAAAUUCUGGUAUAUUAAGUUCCCUUACAGAUGGCCUCAGGGACAGGCAGGAAAAAGUAAGGAGAUUCUCGAUGGCUGCUUUAGGUGAGUUACUGUUUUACAUAGCCACCCAGAAUGAUCAAUCUAAGGACAAUAAUCCAUCUAAAUCUCCGGCAAAAGACAACAAUAAAUCAGUUCCUGGCUGGCAGGUUCCGAACUCGCUCAUCUCAAUGGUAUCCUCAGUUCUACGUAAAGGAGAGGAUGAUAUAACUCAGCUUUAUGCCCUGAGAACAAUAGAAAAUGUAUGCAGCCAAGGGGGUCAUUGGGCUACACGAUUCACUAGUCAAGACGUGAUCAGUAACCUAUGUUACAUAUACCGUGCACCAGGAAAACAGGAGAGCAUGAGGAUGACUGCCGGUUCAUGUCUGGCUCGACUUGCCCGGUUCAAUCCUUCUAGCAUCCAAUCAGUCAUGGAGAAACUAUCCUUCAAGGAGGCAGCAGCUUCAAUUAUCAAAGGCAAUGCUCGUGAACAGCAGAUAAGUUUGAACCUCCUAAACAUGGCCAUGCUCGGAAGUCAUUUGUUCACAAACAUUGGAAGACAUCUUCUGCCUCUCGUUGAAGAUAAAAAUCUCGUGCCCUCUCUUGUUUCUCUUGCCGAGCAGGGUAGUGAAAUCUUGAAAGGGAAGGCACUAGUUCUCAUUGCACUUCUCUGCAAGAAUGGUAGGAGGUGGCUCACACACUUCUUCUGCAACGACAGGUUACUGUCUUCUGUGGACAGGCUGGCCAAAGAGAAAGAUGGCUUCCUCCAGCAAUGUCUUGAUGCAUUUUUGCAUGUUUUUUCAUCAAUUGUACCUAGCUUGUUGGAUUUGAUUGCCGGAGAUAUCCAGCAAAUGAUCGGAGGAAGACGGCAUGGCCAGAUAUCUGGCACUCCAAGUCGGGUUGCUUCUAAGACCAGCGUACACUUCUUCCCGUUUGUCCUUCGACUUCUUGGAAGUUUGUCCUUGAAGCUUAGGGUGGUGAACGGCCAUGUGCUGCAACAGCUGGCCACCCUCUUAAAACUUGUGGAGACUUCAUUUCAGGGGAGAGAUGACUUCCAAAUCACGCUUCUUCAAGUUCUCGAAUCCAUUGUAGAGGAGUCUCCUCUGAUCUUAGCAAACCCUCAAAUCUUCGUUGGUGAAAUCCUCCCCAGCCUGGCUACUCUGUACAAGGGCAACAAAGACGGCCACGUCAGAUUCCUCUGCCUGAAAAUCCUAUUCCACGUCAUGGUCAUCUUCUUAAACGAACUAUCCCAAGACGAUAAACUCUCCAAAGCUCUGAACUCCAUAGCCAAUGUCCACUUCCUACCACUCUACCCCACUCUCGUCGAAGACGAGGACCCAAUCCCGAUCUUCUCCCAGAAGCUGCUCGUCAUGCUCAUCGACUUCAACUUCAUCAAAAUCUCCGACAUCCUACACGUCAAAACAGUCUCCCAGUGCUUCGGGUUCCUGCUCGGAGACCUCUCCAGCGCAAACGUCAGCAACGUCAAGCUGUGUCUAGCCAUGGCCUCCGCCCCCGAAAUGGAAUCCAAACUUCUCUCUCAGCUCAAAGUAGUUCGAAGAAUUAGCAAUCUCCUGGAAUUCGUCUGCGCCAAAGACAUGGAAGAUUUCCUCGAGCCAACUCUCGGCCUCUGCAGAGCCUUCCUUCUCCGCUCACUCACCGGCGAACAGGGGUCCGCGUUCAGAACCCAACCCUCGCUCUUAACCGCCGCCGGUGGGUUUUCUUCCGGCGGCUCCGUGGACGGAAUACGAGACGUGAUGGACUUCGGCAGCAAUGUCGGUCUGUGGUUGGAACUCAGUUGCAACUCGUCGACGGAGCCGAACGUGGCCGAGUUAGCUUCCGAAUGCGUUGUCUUGUUACUGAAGGCAGCUCCAAGGGAAGCCACAACUGGGUUUCUAACCAACCUGCCCAAGGUCAGCACAAUCCUCGAGCCAUGGCGCAGGGGAGUCCCGCGCCUGAUUCUACUCCGGACGCUGCAUGCUCUUUGCUAUGCUUGCCGGCAGUACUUAUCUCAUGCAAUGAUACUGUCGAUGUCAGUCGCUGAGGUUUCGAGGGUACAGGGGAUAGUUAUGGAGAUCAAGGGUUCCGCCGGCGGCGAUCUCUCCGACGCUGCUUCGCUUGUUGGGUUAGAGUUGCAGCGGCUGCCUCGGCACCUUUGAUGUACUGCGGAAGAUGCGGUAUUAUUGGCGAAGGGUUCAAUCAUUGGUGUAUUAUAUAUCUGCAGAUCCAGGUGCUCACAUACACAAGUGUCGUGCUGCUGUAAUAACCCGACUAUGAUGCUCACAACCAUUAUGUAAAAACGUGCUUACAGGCGCACAGAGCUGAUGAAUCGAUGCAAUGACAGUUACUGAGUUGAUUCAAUGAGCGCUAUACGUCCACACACGAUUCAACUGUCUCACAUAAUGGCUGUGAGCAUUUUAGCAACAUUGCUGCUAUAAGGUAUCUAUUAUCAGAUUCCUUGAACUCUUAGUAACUUCUGCAUUUUUUUUUAUCUUUAGGAGCUUUGAAGUACUCUAUAAACCAUCAUCCUAGGAUGAACGGAAUCUUAGCUUCAAACAAACAUAUCAUAUCAUAUCAAAACAAAAACCCCAACCCAAUCUUUGUUUGUUUCCUCAACAUGCCAACCUUGCAAAUUUUCCAUCAUUGCCCACUCAUCACAUGCUUGAUCCCACCUUUGAAAAAAUGGUCUCCAAUCAAACCCCCCCUUUUUUUUUCUUUCUAUUCUUUAACAAAAGCCACCCUACCAAAAGGCUCCUCUCCACUGUCCCCCAACUCUGCCUUUGCUCCUUUUAAAGUGAGAGUUGCUUUCCAUCAUUAGACCCCAAAAAAAAACCCACAAAAAAAUGGCUUCUUCUUCUUCAUCUUCUUCCUUUUCGCUCCUCUCGAUACUCAUGAUUUCAGCAACCAUCCUCUUCUUCCCUUCUCUCACUACUUCUCAACCUUCCACCAUCAUCCCAGCUUCUCCAGCACUCCUAGAAAACUCCCCUCCCCUCUCCCCUUACGAAGAGCUCUCCCCUGACAUUGCUCCGUUGCUGCCCACCCCCGGCGGCGAAUUGCCGUCGCCGUCGGUGGCUUCCAUCCCCACCAUUCCUUCCAACCCAAGCACUCCUAACCCGGACGAGUUCGCCGCCGCACAAGGCCCCGCCGCCGCCGCUUACGGCCCUUCUUUCUCACCACUCGGCUCUCUCCCAGUUUCCUCUGCAUUUUCUAACAACUCUCCUUACUUAGCACUCUCUGUACUCUGCUCUGCAAUUUUCUCCAUACAGCUGCUAAAAACGUGGAGCUCUUGAUUCUUGAGCAUCCCCGCUUAGUUUCCUUGUUCAUGGUUCAGUCACGAGUGUGUUUUACUGUAAGUAAAGUUAUUUCAUCUGUAGAUGCUCUUAAUAUUGUCGUUUAUCUUUAAUGGUGUCGUCGUUUUGCGGAUGC